AUGACCAAUCAUCCAUCACACUCCAACGGUAUGCAAAGCCUCCGGAAAGAACACCUGUAUAAGGUGUUGGUUAUCGGGGACCUGGGUGUCGGGAAGACUUCCAUCAUCAGGCGCUACGUCCAUCAGACCUACUCCACCAACUACCGGGCCACUAUCGGGGUGGACUUCGCCCUGAAGGUCUUGAAUUGGGACUCAGAGACAGUCCGGCUUCAGCUGUGGGACAUUGCAGGUCAGGAACGUUUUGGUAAUAUGACACGAGUGUACUACCGUGAAGCCAUGGGAGCCUUCAUUGUAUUCGAUGUGACACGGCCCACAACCUUUGAGGCUGUCAUCAAGUGGAAAGAAGACCUGGACUCCAAACUAAUGCUGGCGAAUGGACAGAGCAUUGCCACAGUGCUGCUAGCCAACAAGUGUGACCAGGGCAGGGAGUUGACCAACAAUGGCAUCAAAAUGGACCAGUUCUGCAAGGAUCAUGGCUUUGUGGGGUGGUUUGAGACCUCUGCUAAGGACAAUCUUAACAUCAGUGAAGCUGCAAACUUCUUAGUUAAGCACAUCAUGGCCACGGAGAAUGACAUCCUAAAAUCUGUGAUACCAGACACCAUCUCACCACAGAUCGACUCCAGCAGACAGAUGAGCUGCUCUGGCUGCUUCAAAUAA